AUGGCGGCCUUGUCACCGGAGCAGCUGCGCAAGUUCCAUGCCCGAGGCUUCCUUGUCCUGUACAGUGUCCUGCCAGGCACGGUGCUGGACGCGCUGUGCACUGAGUGCGGGCGCCUUCUGCGCACCUACCGGCGGCACAAUCUCAUCGAGCAGGGCGCCGGGUGCAUUCUCGAACCGCUGGGAACGCUGGUCACCGGCACGCAGAUAGAAGGCGACAGCCUGACGCGUGAUGACUACCUCUCCAUGCGAAGUAAGUUCAACGGCCCUGGGAUCGGUGCCGAACUCCUCUUCGGGUCGAUGCUAUGCAACAUUCUCCAACAGCUCAUGGGAGAAGGCCUCUAUCUGCAUUCUCACUUCGAUCAUGUGCUUUGUUUUUUGAUGGUCCGAGCGCAAACUCUUUUGCACAAUCUCCAGUUCAACGAGCAGUACAUAGUGAAGACACCUCACGCCGGCGAAGAAUCCAAGUUCGUUAUGCACCAGGACAGCCAGUACGUGCAUGGCCUAGAACAGGAACAAGUGCCGCCCUACGUAUCGGUGUGGUGCGCUCUUGACGAUAUGAACGAGGAAAAUGGGUGUCUGUACAUUCUACCCUACCCCGCUCCACCCGAGCCACCGACCACACUUCGUGACGAUCGUCUCCUCCGGUUCGCGUCGCCUGACCACAUGAGACGACAUCAUCUUGACAUGGCACACGCCUAUCCUUCAGGCAUCUUAGGCGGUAUGCGAGUUAAUCGUGGCCAGUCCCACUCCACCAUUGCUUACUCACGCGUGCGCUCAACUAGGCUCGGACGAAGUUGGUGGUGA